AUGCGAUGGCGGGACCGCAUUGCUGUGCUCUUCCUCCCGAAAGGCAUGAUGCUCACCGUGGCUGCACUGCUGCUCUUCCUCAUGCACCUGGGCAUCUUCGCCAGCGACGUGUACAACUUCUGCUUCACCUACCACUACGACCGCAUGAGCUUCCGCUACACAGUUGUCCUGAUGUUUUCCAAGGUGAUCAGCAUCUGCUGGGCCGCCAUGGGGUCACUCUACGCUGAGAUGGAAGAUUACAAGCUUGUUCGGAGCUUUGCCCUGACCAUCCUGAUGCUCAACGGAACCAUGUUCUUCAACCGUCUGUCCCUGGAGUUUCUGGCCAUGCAGUACCGGGAGGAGAGCCACUGA